AUGGACCCUGAGCCUGGCGAGCCUGGUGUGCUGGACACAGAGCUGGAUGCUAGCUUUGUAUGGACGAUUGCUGCCCUGCAGGUGCCGUUCCUGGCGAGGGCUGUGUACAUCGCAGUGCUCCACCGCGGCUAUUUGCUCGACACCGCCCUGAGCUGCCUAAAGGCACUAUCAGGGCGAGGGAAGUCGCCGAGUGACGCACAGACCACGGAAGACGAGAGGCUUGUGAACCAGCAGAUCAACGACCUGCGGUUACAUAUGGCGCGCCUUUUUGUUCGUUACGUUUGCGUGCUUCUUGGCUUUUUCCUUUCUUUCCAGCAGCUGCGAGUUAUUCGGGGUCAGGUGAGCUGGGUGCCCAACACCGCAGUUUGGUCUGCUGUGCCAACGUUUGCCAUCACGGGGAUCAUUGAUAUGUUUCCAAAUUUUCUCACGAUCGCAAAGCUCAACAUGAUGUAUGUGGUCAUUGCGCUUUGCCUCACCGCGCAGUUGUCGCCAUGGUUUCUAGGACUGGAAGAUGCAACGCUGAUGUCAAUUUGUGUCCUUGGCUUUAUUCGCCUUCCUGCAGUUGGUAUUGCUACUCGACCUUCUCUGGUGGCUGUGUGCAAUGUUGGUCCAAUUAUUGUAGUCUCCUUGCGAGCCGUGUUUGAAGAUGCACCCGGUUCGUUUGUGAACGCCGAGAUCAGCGGAUCCCUUCUCACUGUUCUUGCAGCCGUUUCCUUGCAGGCUGGGCUGAAGCGUCGCAUGGAGCAUGGCCUUCGAUUCAGCAAGAUGGCAGAGAACCUUCACGCCGCAUCAUCCCUGCUGAACUUGACCUGUGACGCUGUCAUAGAGCUUGACGCAGAUCUGCGGGUAGUUGAGCACUCACCAGCGCUUGCCGCAAUGCUUCUCCGGGGUCGGCCAGGCUCGACACUUGCUGGCGUCGACUUCCGAGACUUCCUGCCCGGCGUGGAUGCGCACCGAGCCUUGGAGCUCCUGAAGCGCUUCGACUCCUCUCAGCCUGGCAAGAUCAAGACGCAGGCAUUCUCCACGCGCCUGCUGGACAGCGAUUCCAACAAGAUCCGUACUGAAGUGUUCCAAGUCUUGUAUCAGAACGUUCAGGGUCAAGCUCGCCACCUCAUUGGCCUUCGCGAUUGUACAGAUCAAGGCUCGCUAACCGGAAGCGCUGAGUUGUCUGAUAUGCAAUAUUCCUACACGCUAAUGGCAGCAGAUGUUUUCACUCCAAUGAGCUCUCAACCCGUGUCCCCUGCAAUGGCGGAGUCGCCCGCUCAGGCGUCACAGCCUGUUCAGCGGAAUGCCGCCCUCAUCCGCAUCCCAAACCGGCUGCUCUUUGUUCAGAUUGACAUGGAUCGGCGAGUGGUUUCUGCAGCUUCACGGUCCGCUUGCUUAGGCAGGACUCUCAAUGACCUCUUUCCUGCUGGUGGAGCGGAGCUCUUGGAAAGUGCUUGGGUCGAAGCCCAGCGCGAGCAAGGUGAGUCAGCAGCCUUCACGUUCGCAGCCUUGGAUCUGCGACUGAGCACAUCUGCCAGGGACUACAUCAGUGGGGCACUCCAGGCAGUCCAGACGGAAGAAGGGACAUGGCAGUUAAUGCUAUUGAGCAAGAUUCCCCCGACUCUCCUGACUCCCGAAGGGAGUUCACCGGGCACUCUGCCGCCUGUGCCUGAAGCAGCUAACCGCCAGCGUUCUGCUUCUUCGGAGGAUAGUACAGGUUACGUGCACGUGCAAUUCUGA